CGGGAGGGUUGCGAUUCAAACGCGGGCGGCGGCCCGCAGCCCCGCAGUUGCUCUUUGGUCUCCGCACUCCUGUACCGGUGCCAGCGCUCCCCGGGAUGGCCUCGCAAAACCGCGACCCAGCUGCCGCCAGCGUCGCCGCCGUUCGCAAGGGAGCCGAGCCCAGCGGGGGCGCCGCCCGGGGCCCCGUGGGCAAAAGGCUACAGCAGGAGCUGAUGACCCUCAUGAUGUCUGGUGACAAAGGAAUUUCCGCCUUCCCUGAAUCCGACAACCUGUUCAAAUGGGUGGGGACCAUCCACGGAGCAGCCGGCACAGUAUAUGAAGACCUGAGGUAUAAACUCUCACUAGAGUUCCCCAGUGGCUACCCUUACAACGCACCCACCGUGAAGUUCCUCACACCCUGCUACCACCCCAAUGUGGACACCCAGGGCAACAUCUGCCUGGACAUCCUCAAGGAUAAGUGGUCCGCACUGUACGAUGUCAGGACCAUCCUGCUGUCUAUCCAGAGCCUGCUAGGAGAACCCAACAUCGAAAGCCCUUUGAACACACAUGCUGCUGAACUCUGGAAAAACCCCACAGCGUUUAAGAAGUACCUGCAGGAAACCUAUUCAAAGCAGGUCUCCAGUCAAGAAGAGCCUUGACCAAGAUGUCCAACCUCUCUUUUGUGUCGUCUUUUUUUCUUAGAUGGUCUGUCCUUUCCUUGGUUUCUAUUCUAAGCUGUGGUGUUAUUUUUGUUUUAUUUGUUUUUUUAAAUUAAGUCUACUUGAGCCCUUACAUGUAUAUUAAAUAAAUACACAUUGAUUGUUUUUGUAUA